AAUUAAUAAAGAUGAACGGGUUUGGCUAUGGAUCAAUGAACGGCUCUCCUUAUGGAUCAGGAAUGGGAGGAGGUUAUAUGGGCAACCAAUAUAACCAGAACAACCAGCAACAACCUCCUGAGGACCAGCAGAACUUUAUGAAUUCCAUCCGAACCUUAGUAUCUGGGCUGAGCGCAGUCACUGGAAUUUCUUAUGGAUUAUCCACCUUCUUUGGUCUCUUUUAUAAAGCUAUAAAAUUCUUAAACAUUUUUAAAGGCAAGAAGAAAACUACUGACCUCCUUGACUCAGUAUGGAGAUAUACUGUCAGGAAGCAUUCUCGCAGAGGUGUCUGGCAGAUGCUUAAAAUUCUGGUUGUCUCAAUCCUCUUUUGUUCAGUACACCUCUUCUCAGAGUCAAUCUCAAGACAAGCUGAGCAGAACUGCAAAGAUCAACAAGAAGCCAGUAUUGAGGAGGAAAAGGAGGAGGCAAAUGAUAUUUCUGUAGAGGACUUUAUGCUCCAAAGAAAAUCAGAUAAUCAAAAGUCUAUCGAAAUCGGUGAAGAAAAUGAAAAAUCAACCGAGGUAGAGGAGGAAGAGAGCAUCAAGCUGGACAGCCUCCACGAUCUCAGUAAUUGUGAGCUUUUCACAAUCAGUGAGGACACUGAAAAGAUUUGAGAAUUUGACCAGACAGAAGUGAAAGGAGAUCUUUCUCGCUAUCUUGGACAUCAUAUCUAAUCCUAACAAUAACUAAUUCUUUUGAUAACUUAAGCUUCA